CAUUUCGUGUAGUCCGGCACGAGAGAUUCAAGAGGAGACAGAGCGAAAAAGAUCGGUCAAAAGAAAAAAGAUCAUCAGUGUCGAUGAGUCCGGAUGGUGGAAAACCGGUCUGAGAAUGAAGGCGAUUGGCCGGAUCCUGGCGUGCGUGCUAUUGGUACUUAUAAUAACGAAAAAUGUAAUUGCAACGAGUGCCGCGAAUAUUAAAUUUUCAACGGGACAGAAUAACAAAAUCGUGCGAUUCAAUAUUACGAGACUAAAAUUAGUUUCGAAGCCAUCGCUGCUGAAUCCUGAACAUUCUCGAGAUAUACUGGAUAGCGUAUUCAAAAAUAAAGAUAAAGAUAUUGGGAGAUUUGGAGAAGCUCGUACUUUUGGGAUCAGAAGAUUGCAGUUGAUGUUGAUGCCAAUGAUAUAUAAAAUGGGAGUAAUGAUGACAAUGUUGAUGGUAUUGACAGCGAUCUCUGUAAAGGGACUUUUCGUCGGCAUUAUACUGCUGAUACUUAAACUCAGUACUUUUCUAGCGAAAUUUCAUUCCGGUUGGCACACAUCAUCGCAACCAAUUCACCUACACAUUCAUAAUAGUCCUCCAUACGUUCACCCACAAAUGUAUCAUAACUGGAUACCGGCAAGUGAUUCCGAGAGUCAUUAUUAUUAAAAAGGAUAAAUCAUAUAAAAUUUUUUUUUCCGUUAUCAAGUCUUUAUAUUAACGAAUCCGUUAUCAAGUCUUUAUAUUAACGAAUCAGAACAAAAAGAAUAUUUUAA